AAACAACACAACAAGAGUUUUCUCGAUCGUGAUUCGUGAUCAUUUUGAAACUUGACCGCUCCCAGCCGGAAAUGGUUCGAAUCCACGUGAAGCACGGCGAGGGCUCCGAACAGAAGGAGUUCCUCUACGACUGCGCAAGCACUUCGCCAAUUGACGAGAUUGCCCCCGAAAUCUCCCGAAUUUCCAAUCUCCAAACCAAGAUCGACCGCCUGAUUCUCGAGCUCGAACCUCGUCUGGACCUCCUCCAUGGCGACGCAAAAGCUGCUUCUCUCCUCAGAGCUCUAUCCGAAGCCAAAUCCUACGCUUCCAAGGACCAGGUUGUAUACAAUAAGCCUUUGUCUUACCAUGUACUGAGAAACCACAUACAAGCUUUGGAGAGAGAGCUCAAAGCGGUUUCUGAGUUUCAGGAACUAUUGGGAGGCAUUGAAUUUGGCGGGGAGGAUUCGAGUCGGCUUUGUUGGGCCGGGAAAGUGCUUGAUGGGAGUAAACGGUUGUGUGAUUAUAUUGGAAGCAAUGAGAAAACUAAGAUUGUUAUCAAGCUGCAGUCAACUGACUCGUGUCCUGCAUAAUAGCGGAAAUGGCAAGAUCCGUCAGGAUGAACGCAACUGCCUAUCAAGAUGGAUGCCGAGAAAUCAAAGCACUUGAUUUUUGAACAAGUUACAGGUCUGCAGUGCAUUUAAAUUCUUCCUCAUCUGGUUUGUGUGUUAUUAUGUUUUGGUUAUCAGUCGGAUGUGCAUCCCAAAUAAAAUGAUAAGAGAUGUUGAGUUAGUAAGCUGCAAUGGUCAUACAUGGCAGGCUUAGUUUACCUCUUUUUUUAGUACAGUUUGUUGCUAUAUGGAGAUUUUGAUUUAUUUAGCGGUUUAAAAAAGAUAAAUGAAGAGUAGGAAUUGUCUUUA